AUGGCUGGGGAGGAGCUUGGGCUGAGAGGCCUAGAGGCGGCGUCGCGGUUGGUAGACGACGUGGACCUCCCAAGGACCUGGCAGGAGACCAUCACAUACCUGCAGCUAAAGCUCAUCGACAAGCCACCACCCACACCCCUACUGACCUCACCCUUCACUACCAUGCCGGACUCGAUGGUGGAGGAACUGGAGAAGGAGUUAAGAUCCUUCAAAAGCAACCUUCGAUCUUUCAGCAGAGUGGCGCAAGGGCUACAGGAAUUGCAGCAGCAAGUGGUGAGGGGAGAGGUGACCCACGCACUCCGCAUCUCAGCACCGCAGCUGCAAAUGUCUGAUCCACUACUGCAGGAGCAGCUAAACAAGGAGCUGGAGGAGGAGGCCAAAAAAUUCAGGACCCGCUCGCACUUGACCCUGCUAGUUUUCAAGGAAAAGGAGAAGGCGGCAUUUGCGGAAUGCGUGCGGAUCUGGGAGAUCCCAGCCAUGGCAGCCGCACAGCAACCCAUGCAGCACCCAUUCAUCCCGAUCCCAACCCAACCCAUUCCUGCAGCUGCGCAACCAGGGCCAUCGGCAUCAUUCCAAGCCCCGGCACAGCAAGCGGCGUAUCAGGCAGGCGCCACACCCUACACAGCCCCAACAUACUACGGCUCACCAGUCCCUCCCGCCCCCCCACUGCAGGUCCCCCAAGCACCGCAGCACCCGCAGCAACCGGGCCCCAUGGGGCAAGAGCAACCUCAGGGAGGUGGACCCCUCCUAACAGCCAACACCCCCUAUUGGCAACGGGGCAUGGACCAGAAAACGCCGCAAAUCAGAGCACAGCUGAGAGCCUGCACCGAGCUGCUCCGGCUAGUCAUGACUGAAAACCACCUUCAGUUCGACGGCCGGUUCUACCGACAGAUCAGAGGGACGGCAAUGGGAACACCGGUGGCUGUUAUAUACGCCGUGUUGUUUAUGAGUUGGCUAGACACUCGAAUGGAGGAGCUACACCCGGCCCUGUGUGAACAUGUGCUGCUGCACAAGCGGUACAUCGACGAUGGGGUUGUGGUCUGGACGGGCUCGCUCGCGGACCUACACAGAUGGAUUGAGGGGUACAACAACCUACUAGAGGGCAUCUCCAUCACGACUGAGAUCAGCACGACCACAUUCACACUCCUCGACAUCACCUUCCGGAAAGGUACGCUGUGGGAGACGACCGGGAAGGAAAAUGUGCAAGGGGGGUUCUUGGACACCUCGGUGUACCAAAAACCUCUCAAUGCGUAUCAGUACUUUCCGUUCCGAUCGGCACACCCUCGACACUGCAAGCGGGGCUUCAUUAUUGGUGAGCUAUAUCGCUACCUCUUGAGGGAGUCUUCUGAGGAUGGCUUUCAGCAGAUGAAGUCCCGUUUUGCAGCUCGGUUACAAGCACGCGGGUACCACGCUACCUUUAUCGACAAGGUCUUCAGCGAGGUCACGUACGCCGACAGAGCUACACUGCUGCAGAAGUCGGAGAAAGGUAAGCAAAAGGACAGUCGAGUGCUACCAUUCGUGCUCGAGUACCACCCGAGUCUAGAGCACCCCGCCCUGAGUGACCCCAUCCGCAUACACGAGUAUCAAUACCACCGCGUGCUGUAG